GCAUAACUAAGUGACCUUAGCAAACACUAACAGGUCUUUAACCCUCUGGUUGUAGCUGAGAGUCAUUUUCAAAACAUCUAGUGAGAUCUCACAAUAUCAAAUGAGAUUGUACAUAAUCAUCAUUUAAGUUUGACCAAAAUAACUACAACUCCAUUGUUUCUCACCAAAAGAUAGUUUGAGGGUAAAACUCUGACAUAACAGUUGGAGGGCAGUAUGGAGUCCCUCAAGGACUUCCAAGACUUUAUUUAAUGUUUUUUUUUUUUUUCACAAAACCCUUCACCGUUUCUUCUCCUCAGAAAUGUUGGCAUGUUUCACCUCUACUGUUUCUUCACCACCUUGUGUUUGGUUUCUCUUCUGUCCGUCAGAGGAUGAUGUGGACUUGGAGGCCCUGGUGAAUGAUAUGAACUCUUCUCUGGAGAGCCUGUACUCGUCCUGCAGCGGUCAGCAGACGGAGUCAACCCCGCUGCUGCAGCAGAACGGACAGAGCUCCUGCUCGCACCACCACCACCACCACCAUCCUACACACAACAACCAGCCCCCGCAGCUUCACACCUCGCAGGUGUUAACCCACGUCUCCCCAGAGCCGCCGUCUUCCUCCUCCUUCUCCUCGACUGCCGAUCAGCCCCAGACCGGCCUCCGACGGUCACAGCCCAUGCAUAUCCUCGCCGUCAGGAGGUUGCAGGAGGAGGAGCAGCUGAGGACCUCGUCUCUCCCGGCCAUCCCCAACCCUUUCCCAGAACUCUGCAGCCCGGCAGGUUCACCUGUCCUCAGUCCUGGAUCUCUACCUCCUGGAGAAGCCUCUUCAGGCAAAUAUAGGACUCGAGCUAAUGGCUCAACAGAAUGACACAAGACCAAAGUGGGGGUUUUUUCUGUUUUGCACUGCUGUCAGUUUUUUCUAACAGUCAUUUGUCUAGAAUUCUAAGGAUAUUUAAGCUGACGACUGAGUUGACUGUGAU